GAGAACGUCAUACUCCCGUCGUUCUUUUGUUCUCAACGCCAUAUUGAUUUGGGCACGGUGUUGCUUCGCGUGGUGCUGUUAGUUCAGUUUCUCUGGCCGGUUUCACGGGAAUAUUACGUAUAUUGCCUAGUACUGCGACUUAUUCGCUCAUUGAAAUUGCGGCGUUCGCGUUACAGUAGGAAACUAUUUGUAAAUUCAGCAUGCCAGAGUUAACAGAGCUUGAAAAGGCAUCGUCCUCAACAACAGAGGCGCGUACGGAAGCAGCUGCAGCCGGUUCGGGAACCGAAUCCGACUCGGACGAUACAAUCCCCGAGCUUGAAGAAACUGGUGAGAGUACAGCUAGCAAUGCUUUUCCGAGUGCAGCGUCUGGUAUACCUGUGGACGCCAUCAGCAAAGAAAAGCAAAGUCGUGCUGAGAAGAAGGCGCGCAAGAUAAUGUCGAAGCUUGGCUUGAAGCCGGUUCAGGGAGUUAGUAGAGUUACCAUUAGAAAAUCAAAGAAUAUUCUCUUUGUAAUUAGUAAACCUGAUGUUUUCAAGAAUCCGGCAUCCGAUACAUACAUUGUGUUUGGCGAAGCAAGGAUCGAAGAUUUGAGUCAGCAAGCACAAAUGGCAGCUGCAGAAAAGUUUAAGGCAGCAGACGUGUCGGGUGCUGCUGCAGCUGUUGGAGGAACUGCAGUUGUCUCUCCCAUACAGGAAGAAUCGGAGGAAGAAGAUACUGAUGAGACUGGUGUCGAAGAGAAAGAUGUAGAGUUGGUCAUGUCACAAGCUAAUGUUAGUCGUGGUAGGGCCAUCAGAGCCCUUAAAAACAAUAACAAUGAUAUUGUGAAUGCAAUUAUGGAACUAACAAUGUGAAUAUAAUACUUCGUUAUUGUUUUUGGCAUGAAUGUGUUUUACAAUCCUUCAAGCUGAAGGAUUUUUCUCCUUGGCUGAUAAUGUGCACUGCUCUGUUUGUAAAUUACAGUGAUACGUGUUAUUAUUGGUGCCUGCCUGGACAAAUCUCUUAAAAAGGCACAACAAAUGAACUUUCCUCAUUUUGUGCGCUCUGUUGUUAUGAUUGCAAGAAUUCUGAUUUAUUAAUUUUGAGGUAUACAAAGUGUGCCAAUGUGUUCCCAUUAAAGUAUUUAAUUCACGAAAAA